GUCUUUCCCUCUCAGUCUGCCUGUGCACUGGACAGGACCAGAAGUGUGUGUUAGAGUGUGUGUGAGUGAGUGUGAAGCGUGGAUGUUACGGGAUCCAUGACAAAGUCUGCAGUCCCUGGACACAGAUUCACACUCAGCACCUUCCAGAGCCACAGAGGAAUACACCUUAAACCCUAACACACCUCACACCUCACCCCCUUCACAUUCCCAACCACAUGGAGCCAUGUGAGCUCCUGCCUGCCUCGCCGAGAAUCUGACUCGGAUUGCCUCCUGUAGAGACGCUCACGGACGCUCUGGAUCUGCCUCGGAGCGCACAGAGAGGAGAGGAGCAACUGCAGAGAUCUUGACCCAGGAGGGAAGUACUGUUCCCCGGGCACUGUGGGCCGGGAGCCCUCCGUGGGCUGGAGACCGGCGCUCCAGCACCAUGGAUUACCUGCUUGGGAUUGUAGUCCUGCUGGGCAUGGCAGCUCUGCCCGGGAGAGUGGCCCUGCAGAACCCUAAGAGGAGCGUUCCACGGCUCCGGCUCUCCUACAAUGAAAUGUUGGACUCCAGUAAUUUAGUGACUUUCACUGGAAUAACAAACAGUUCAGGUUACGACACAUUUCUAAUGGAUGAGGAGCGAGGGAGGUUACUAGUAGGAGCAGAGGACCAUAUCUUCUCUUUAGACCUCGUCAACAUUAACAGAGACCUCAAACAGAUCGCCUGGCCGGCCACACCUUCGAAACGAGACGAAUGCAAGUGGGCAGGAAAAGACCUGGGAAAAGAGUGCUCCAACUUUGUGCGGGUGCUGCAAUCCUACAACCAAACACACCUAUAUGUGUGUGGCACGGGAGCGUUUCAUCCCAUAUGUGCGUACCUGGAGAUAGGCAAAAGAGCAGAGGACAACAUUUUUAGGUUGGACACAUCCCACUUUGAGAACGGCCGUGGGAAAAGCCCCUAUGACCCAAAGAUGCUCUCAUCCUCUCUGCUGAUUGAUGGGGAAUUGUAUUCCGGAACUUCGGCAGACUUCAUGGGACGAGACUUUGCCAUUUUCCGAACCCUCGGAGCUCAUCACCCGAUCCGGACAGAGCAGCAUGACUCCAGAUGGCUGAAUGAUCCCAAGUUUGUUGGAAUUCACCUUAUCCCUGAGAGCGAUAACCCAGAGGACGACAAAAUCUUCCUGUUUUUCAAAGAGAAUGCCAUGGACGGAGAACACACAGGCAAAGCCACCAUCUCCAGAAUAGCACAACUGUGUAAGAAUGAUGAGGGAGGACACAGGAGUCUGGUGAACAAAUGGACUACGUUUCUAAAAGCUAAACUGACCUGUUCUGUCCCAGGGCUUAACGGCAUUGAUACACACUUCGAUGAGCUCCAGGACGUGUUUUUAAUGAGUGCCAAAGACCCGAAGAACCCAGUGAUCUAUGCAGUCUUCACUACCUCCAGUAACAUCUUUCGUGGGUCAGCGAUCUGCAUGUACAGCAUGGCUGACAUCAGGAGGGUGUUUCUGGGCCCCUAUGCCCACAGAGAUGGCCCAAAUUACCAGUGGGUGCCCUUCCAAGGCAGGGUCCCAUACCCCCGCCCUGGCACAUGCCCCAGUAAAACCUUUGGUGGUUUUGACACGACCAAAGACCUUCCCGAUGAUGUUAUUACAUUUGCCCGUCUGCAUCCUGCCAUGUAUAACCCAGUGCAGCCGGUUGGUGGACGACCUAUCGUGGUGCGCACAGAUGCAGAGUACCAGUUCACCCAGCUGGUGGUGGACCGUGUAGAGGCUGAGGAUGGGCAGUAUGAUGUCAUGUUCAUUGGCACAGAUAUGGGGACAGUGCUGAAGGUGGUGACCAUCCCCAGAGAGAGCUGGCAUGACCUGGAAGAGGUGGUGCUGGAGGAGAUGACCGUCUUUAGGGAACCCACCCCUAUCACUGCUAUGGAACUCUCUACUAAACAACAACAGCUGUACCUGGGUUCAACAGUGGGAAUAUCACAGAUGCCGCUGCAUCGCUGUGAGGUGUAUGGCAAAGCGUGUGCGGAAUGCUGUUUGGCCAGAGACCCAUAUUGCGCCUGGGACGGCACUGAGUGCUCCAGAUACUUCCCCACCGCUAAGAGGAGAACAAGACGUCAAGACAUCAGAAAUGGAGAUCCUCUGUCUCAGUGCUCUGAUCUGCAACACAAUGAUGAUCUGGAGGGCUACAGCAGUGUAGAAGAGAGGAAUGUAUAUGGAGUAGAGAACAGCAGUAUGUUCCUGGAGUGUAGCUCGAAAUCUCAGAGAGCUCUCAUCUACUGGCAGCUACAGAAGCCCAAUGAUGAGCGAAAGCUUGAGAUUAAGCUGGAUGACAGGGUGAGUCACACCGAGCGUGGCUUGUUGAUCCGCAGCCUGACGCAAGCUGACACCGGAGUGUAUCACUGCCAUGCUGUGGAGCACGGCUUCAUCCAGCCACUCCUGCGCCUCACACUGCAGGUCAUCCCGUCUCAGCGUGUGGGGGAGCUGCUUCUGCGGACCAGUGCUGCUGAACGAGACUCGACUUCCAAACAAAAAAUCUGGUACCGAGACUUCCUCAGUUUGCUGGAGCACCCAGACCUGAACAGUGUGGACGAGUUCUGUGAGCAUGUCUGGAAAAAGGAGCGCAAGCAACGAGGCAAGAAAGCGCCGAAAGCAGGGCUCGGACUCGCUCAGGCUCAAGCUCAGGCACAGAAGAGCAGCCAGAAUUUACAGACUUCAGCCCAGAUUCAGAAUGAUGGCCCCAAAGCGACAAUUGUUCCAAAUCUGCCCAAAAUACAGAGAAGCCAAGUUCCACAAGGGACCACCAGCACAGAUAACCAGAGCCCCAAGCCGAGUCCAAGCACCACCUUGAAACUCUCAAGCACUCAGGCAACCCAGAACCAGGGGAGUCAGGGAAAGAGGGGCAACUCACCAGCCCGAAGAACAUCAGGCAGCACAGCCAAGUGGAAACAGCUCCAGGAGAAUAAGAGGGGACGCAACCGGCGCACCCAUGAGCAACAGAGACCACCUCGCAGUGUGUGAAACAAACAAAUACACACAUAAACACACAUAUACACACAUAUACAUGCAUCCAUUUACACAUGCCGACGUCGAUUCAGCAGCCCUCAUACAUGUGUAUGUUGCAAACAUUUAAACAAAAGCACAAAACUACUAGUUGUACUAGUUGGAGAAAUGUCACUGCUUUACCAGAGGAAGCACAAUUACAGUGGCAUAACAGAGAAAAAACAUUUCACAGUAACGUGUAUAGUUAAGGACUGAUACACCUUCCUGUACAUAGAAAAGUUUCUAGAGUGUGUGGGUCCCCUAAGACUCGUUACUCCUGGACUGAGAGUGGGGGAAUUGCCAUUUCCAAGACUGCUUCCACUGCUGAAACAUCUGUUGCAAAAGUGGUCGAAAAGCUUCCAUGGAAACCAAGAUGAUUUAUUCAGGAAUAAAACCCGAAUGUUGACUAUUUACUCAAAUUCUUCCUGGAGGAUUGUACCUGUUACUAUGGUUAUGGAUCUGACAAUGUGGACUGCAUUUCCAGCCCUAAAGAUAACUAUAAAAAAAUUAAAAAAAAAAAAAUACUAUGGGAACUUCUCGCUCUGAUUCACAACAACAGUGUUAUAGGAGUAACUAUAGUGGACACUGUAAAAAUAACGGCGUAUCCAUGCAUACAAGACGUGGUUGGCCAAAACGUUAGCAUGUGUUGCUACCAGCCCGUCUGACCCUUGUAACCCUUUGACUUAAAUGUUAGCCUAAUUAUUUGUUGUAUAUUCAUAAUAAACGAAUCACAAAACAAAUGGACUAAAAAGUCAAAAAGCGUGGAAACUAUUUGCCCCACAAAUAGUACAGAAUUCAGAUAUGUUGUGCAUGAUGUUUAAUUGAAUACAAAAUCUUUUCUUUUUUUUUUUUUCGGAUUAAGUUGCAUAGCAAAACUAUUCAACAAAUUACAGGGGGUCUUAAGGAAUUUAGCUAUUUGAUUUCAUUUAAAAUAAAAUUUAAAAAAAAGUCUUGUGCCAACCGUUGCAUCGAAGGUGCUAUGUUUGGUUAUUGCCACAUCAUCAAAAAAAAAAAAAGUUUUUUAUUUUUUAAGUUAUUUUUAUGCCUCAUACAAAUGUGCUCUUGCAGUCUAUGUUGUAGCUUAGGCUGAAAGUGUAAAUAUAUACAGUCAGACACCACAUGACUAUUUAUUGCUGAUUUUUAAAGGGUUACAGUUAUUUUUGAUAUUGUAAUGUUUUGAGCUCAAAUGUAAACAAAAGUGACUGAAAUAUGACAAAGCACAUGGAAGGACCAAUAAUCUGCCUUUUUUUAGUUGAACAUAUUGUUAACACAUUACUCCUAAGAACCCAGAAACAUGCAAAAAUUUUGGUUAAUUUUUUAAAUAUCUUUUUUUUUCUGUCAAUGACUCUCUCUCUCUCUCUCUCUCUCUCUGUCACUAUGUCUCUCUUUACUCUUCAGAUUUUCUCUGUAAUGCCCCCCAAACAGAUCUGUCUAUAUUUCUGUACUGUAUUUGUAUGAAUGACUCAUUCAUGGAAUUGCAAAAUAAUAUGGAGCUAUGAACAAUUUGUAAGAAUGCCAUUAGAUGUGAGACUCCUGUAGAAAUGUGUAGGCUAAACAUUUGACUGACAGCCACUCAGUACGAACCGCAUGUGCAUUCGAACCCUAGUGUAUCUCCUUUUACUGUCAGUGUUUUGUGUGUGAUAACUUCCUUUCCAUGAAUAUAAAAGAUGUGAACAUUUUUGUUUCGUUUUAAUAAGACAAUAAAAAAUACCCGCCCCUUUUGUGCAUUAUAAA